AUGAGAUUGAGGUUGAAGCAGGCCUGCCCUGCGUCGCUGGUAACAGCCUCACAGCCGCUCAUUCUUCCCGUCCUCCUUCUCUUCCCCCUCCUCGACAGCACGCAGGCCACGCACUCGUCUGGCCUCCGCUCGAUAACAAUGACCUCCCUCGAGAGCACGACCACCACCGCCUUAACGAUCACUACCUCUUCGACCCGCACCAUCACUCUCACCGAGGUUACAGCUGCUGCCGCUGCCGAUACCACCACAGCCUCCAAUGUUGUACCCGCACCUCGCGUGAUGACCAAGGCAGGCAAGAUGUAUUCAUUCGAAGGGUGCUUCGGGCAUGGCAAGCACGAGUCGAUCGGGGAGAUACUGGGCCCGGGCUACACAGCACCGUGGGCUGCCAAUAUGUCACUAUCACUAUGUCUCAACAUGUGCAACUCGGCUGCCGCUGCUGGAGGAGGAGGAGGAGGUGGUGGUGGUGACUCCAAUGGAACGUCUUCUUUACCCUACGUUGGCGUCUCGGAUGGCGAAUCAUGCUACUGCAGCGCAACCCUCACCACGACAGCCCCCAUAGCACCGACCAGUAACUGUACCAUUCCCUGUGUGGGUAACAAGACUGAGGCCUGUGGCGGCAGGGCCUUCAUGUCGAUCUACAAGCUGGCCUCGGACAACAGCACAGCAGUGGCCCCGAAAAUCAACAACGCUCCUCUCCCAAGCGACAGCGCUGGGGCCAGUAACGGUAAUGUCAGCAGCAAGUCGAGGCGAGGGGUAGCUGUGGGAAUCACGGCAGGGAGCAUCGCAGGGUUUGCCCUGCUGAUGCUCUUGAUAUUUGGGUGUACGAGACGGUGGACCCAGCGGAGGGCGGCGACGGCGGCGACGAUGACGACGACCUCGACUCGACAUAAGGAGAAAAAUGCCCCGGAGGUGGACGUGGCGUCGGCCAAUGACCCCAUCGGGACAGUCUUCUCCGAUAGCGACGAUUGUUCCAUACGUGACGUCAAAAGGGUCGACCUGGCCAAGCUGGACGGCGUGGUCCUGGACAAUGCCUCCUCGACACCCAUGUCGUCCCCACGUGCUGUUGGCGCCGUUGCUACCACGACGGGGGCCGAGUGGCGGGGCGAAGACUCCAGCCCCCUUACGCCGAGGACACCGAGGGCCAUGAUGGAUGGGAGGCCGGUGACGAUGUCGCUAUGGCCCCAGCCGCCGGAGAGCAUCGCACCGAAGCAUGGGCUGGGCGAGCGGGCCUGGCAUAGGCGGAAGUUGUCUGUCCCAUUCCCGCCUCCGGGUGGGAGUGACACUGGGAGUGGGAAGAAGAACUAA